AUGGGGGAGCAAGGUUACAUGAAGACUACUUCUGACCACAACGUAUUUGUGAAGAAAUUCUCAGAUGGAGAUUUCAUCAUAUUGUUGCUGUAUGUGGAUGAUAUGCUAAUUGUUGGGCAAAAUGUUUCCAAGAUCAACGACUUGAAGAAGGAGUUGAGCAAGUCUUUUGCCAUGAAAGACUUGGGACCAGCAAAACAGAUUCUUGGCGUGAGGAUCAUUCGGGAUCGAGGUGCCAAGAAGAUAUGGUCGUCACAAGAGAAGUACAUUGAGAAAGUACUUCAACAUUUCAACAUGGAUAAUGCUAAGGCGGUUAGCUGUCCUCUUGCUAACCACUUUACAUUGACAUCCAAACAGAGCCCGUCUACUGAGAAGGAAAAGGCGGAGAUGGAUAAAAUUCCAUAUGCUUCAGCAGUGGGAAGUUUGAUGUAUGCCAUGCUGUGUACAAGGCCAGAUAUUGCUCAUGCAGUUGGAGUUGUCAGUCGGUUUCUUUCCAAACCAGGAAAGGAACAUUGGGAAGCUGUGUAG